GGUUACCCAGUAUUCAUGUGAGCCCACUGCCAAAGACAAAACAUGCAGUGGCACUUCCUCUUGCGAUGAACGCCGGGAACAGUACGACCACUUGUAGAGUGCCUAUCUUGCCACGUUCGGGGUCUCCACAAGGGAUGAUGUGCGCAUGAAAGACAAGGAGACACUGGCAUCCCUCAGCAGAGGUUUAAUGAUGACUGAGGUGAGCACAACGUCCCUGCUUCCGACAGAAACCAGCCCAGACUAUAGGUAUAAUGGGACUGGUUGCAAAAUACACAGUUUAACUAAUGUGAUCCUUGAUGGUGUCACUGUGCUCAUCUGUCUCUUCGGGCUGGUGGGCAACGGGGUCGUCCUCUGGCUCCUCAGCUUCUUCAUUAAGAGGAAUCCCUUCACCAUCUACAUCCUCAACCUGGCCGUAGCAGACUUAAGCUUCCUCCUCUCCCUGCCUGUUUGCCUCAUACUUUAUACUGUGCAAUCUCUCUUCUGUUUCUAUGAAUUUGGGCACGUUCUGGGGGUUUUUCUCCUGCUGGUUCUGUUCGCCCACAAUGCCGGCCUGUACUUCCUGACAGCCAUCAGCGUUGAGAGGUGUCUGUCUGUCUUCUUCCCCAUCUGGUACCGAUGCCACCGCCCCAAGCACCUGUCUUCCCUUGUGUGUGCCCUGCUGUGGGCGCUCUCCUGCUUGGUAUCCGGACUAAUGUCUUAUUUUUGUCUUUUUGGUGGAACUGAACACUGUCGGAUGUCACACAUAGCCAUGUAUGUUCUGGUUUUCCUGAUUUUCGGUUCCAUCAUGGUUCUGUCCAACCUGAUCCUGUUUAUCAAGGUCCGACAUAGCUCCCAACAACGUCAGCCUGGAAGGUUCUACAUUGUUAUCUUGCUCACCAUCCUCUUCUUCCUCAUCUUUGCUGUUCCCUUCAGUAUCCAGCACUUUGGCUGGUAUUUUAAUUAUUUUAAUAUCCCCAUUGAGAUAUGUAAUGCACUGGCCUCUGUAAACAGCAGCAUUAACCCACUUAUUUACUUUUUAGUUGGGAGCUACAGGAAGUGGCGGUUCAGGGGCUCUGUUAAGGUCGCACUCCAGAGGGUUUUUGAAGAGCAUGCAGAUUCCAGAGAAGACAUAGAAGCCACCAGGACAGACACAAUGGAGAUGACCAAUUAAAUCCCUACAGCACCCAGCCUCAGAGACCUUAUUGUGGAUGUGGAGCUUUAUUAAUCAGUAUGAAAAUUAGCAGCUUCCUACUUGUUUAAUUUUUCUCUAAUUUUCCAAAUACCAUAUUUGUGUGGCACU